CUGCAUUGCAGGGGAGACCCAGCGGCGGACUCUGUCACAGACGAGGCAGAAGGCGUGAGCAGACAAAGCCGUCUCACCACCAACAGCUUUUUUCUGCAGCCUCCUCCUCUCCCGUCCAGAGCAGACCCCCGAGCCCCUGAGGCAUUCUCUCCUUCUUCGGAACACGCCAAUCAUUCAUUGAUAACAGGGAAUUAUGAGGGACCCUGUGAGUAGCCAGUACAACUCCUUCCUUUUCUGGAGGAUGCCCAUCCCAGAACUGGAUCUGUCGGAGCUGGAAGGCCUGGGCCUGUCAGAUACAUCUACCUACAAGAGCACAGACAGCAAUGGUGGCAAAAUGGGCGGUCAAGCAAGCGGAGCAGAGCAGAAGAACCCAGAAGGUGAUCCCCUCCUUGAGUUCAGCACCUUCAACUUCUGGAGAGCUCCCAUUGCCAGCAUCCACUCUAUCGACUUGGACUUGCUCUAAGGCCAAAGCUUCUCUCUCCCACCCCUUACCCCACUGCCUUCCCUUUUAAGCCCGGUCCUUUCUAAGCCUUUCCCAUCUAAUACUGUUUUCUUCCCUCUAUUGUGCUGGUGGUGCUGAUGAAUCUGCCAAUUGAAUUGUAUGUUUGUAUGUAUUUAUUUCUUAUUUAUUUAUUUAUUUAUUUAUUAUUUAUCUGCCUACUCCAUUUCUCUCAAGCCUUCUAGGCACAAAGUCAAGGGUUCAGUCACAGGAGUACUACAUCACGGGAUUUCCACCCCAACCCCAAGGAUAUUAACUAGUUCCAGAAAACCAUCCGUAUUGGGGCACCAGAGAGAAGUACAGUUGUGCAAAAUGGGAAACGAUUUUUUUUACAUUACAUUUUAAUCGGCUUCAGAGAUUCCUUGAUCCUCCCUGAUUUCCUGCACAAGGCCAGUAAGCAAAUAUUUCAAGAAGUAGUGAGGACCUGGAGGUUCUGAAAUGUCAUGCAGAAACAUGGAUGGUCAUGGGUACGAGAGGAAAUAACACACCCUGGAGAACGGGAGUGAGGAAAAGCAUGGGAUGCACCUCACAACUUCGCUCCCAGCUGUGGGUUGGGAACUUUGAGAGAACAGAUUUCAGUCUUCAUGGGGAAACCUUGGUGUAGGAUAAUCCAUAAAAGGCAAAAGAUUUAUAUGAUCUAAAGAGAAACCAGAGUAGUAUUAGCAUAAUUUAUAUAGAAUUGUGAGUCAGUCAUGGAACAGGCGGAGUGUUUUGGUUCUUAGCACUUUAGCUUUGCCCUUCUGUAGUUGCAGUACGUGAUGGGAGCCAGUGGUUCCUGGGCAUAGUUCUUCAGCCACUGGAAGACCGUGAAAUAAGCAAUUAUAUUCAGACCCUACACCUGUCCCUCUUCCUUCCAAAGUUAUUGCUGCUGAUUUGUGCUGCCAUUGUUCAUUUAUUUAAUAAAGAUGUUAAAGCCUAA